CGUAGAUGAAGCUACGGGCAGCCAUAUUAAGUACUGGCAACCGGCUAACCGGGUGAGGAGCCAGGCAGGUGCUGUUUACCCAACUUUCAAGUAUGUUUAGGGGCCCUCGGCUCUGGACGUGGUCUUUUCCCACAAGACCUUUGCUGCUUCUGAGAGACUCUCACCCGUCUGCUUUAUCCGAACAUACCUCCUCUAUAUGGCAUCAAAAUGUAAAGAAAAGAAGAUACAGAAGAGGCAGUGGGACAGAGGGAUUUUCACUCUCCACAAGCACUCUAUCCCCUUUAAGUGGACUUGCAUUAAGUUUGGAUUGUAAAAGUAAUUGUUCAUUUCAGAACCUGUGCUCCAAAACCAGUGUGUCUGCCUGUGAUCAAACCCGCACAGUUUUUCUUAUUGCAAAGGCUGAAGGAGUAUAUAAUCUGUGCAAGCACGCCACAGUGAAGGAUUUAGCUCUGAGCUCUUACCAUGACUGUUUAUCCAACUCAACCUCCCUUCAACCCCAAAGAAAACCUUGGGACAUAAGCCAACCUUCACUCAGUUUCACUAAUAAGACUCAGUGUAAUACUUCUCAAAGCAGUUUAUUUUACAGGCAGCCUUUCAGCUUGUCAGCACAUUCUCCCUGGAUUUUGAACCACAGCUCACUUUUACCCUCCAGUGUCUUGUUUCAACAAACCAGAGCUGUCCACCAGGCAGCCCCUCACCAAGCCAGUGCCUGGAGAGACUGUCUGUCCAUGCAGAAUGAAAUGAGAUGUCGACAGAGUCUGGGGCCCAACGUGAAGCUCUAUGAGGUGGAACGAGGGCGAAAAGGGGCCAGUCUGGGCCUGGAAAAAGGACAGGGGAGGUGGGCGUCUGUCCUGGUCUCACUCUGCUCUGUAGAGGAAGAGCCUGCGUUUCUCUUCACUCUGCGCUCUAGCACACUGAAGGGCAGACAUAAAGGAGAUGUCAGCUUUGCAGGAGGAAAGAGUGACCCGUUGGACAGAGAUGUGGUGGCCACAGCACUGAGAGAAGCCCGGGAGGAACUGGGAGUUAAUGUGGCAACAGAGAGGGUCUGGGGUGUCCUUAAACCUCUCAGAGACAAUUCAGGGAUGAUGAUUGCUCCUGUGCUCGCUAACUUGGGUCCCAUAGAGGAAUUGUCCUUCAAACCAAAUCCUGGAGAGGUAGAGGAGAUCUUCACCUUGUCUUUGUCGCACUUGUGCAACCCUCAGAACCGUGGUUACACACAUUUCCGCACUGGGGACAGGUACGGAUACACACUUCCAGUGUUCCGCAACGGAAAGCAUCGAGUGUGGGGCCUGACAGCCGUCGCCUUAGAACAAACCCUGAAACUCAUCAUCCCGUUGUAGCGACUGCUUUAGCCAAAUACGGCUGGACAGAAGCAUAUCUGUCACGCAAUUUACACAUCUGAUUGUAGACACAUGUAAAGUCAUGUAUUAUAAAUCUGUCAUGCCAGUUGAUGCUGUGAAUACGAAACUGAUAUUUUUAUAUUCACUGUCUUUCACUUUAGAAGGAAAAUACUUUGCUUAAGGAGGAGUUUCUUCUUAUGCACUUUCCAAGCCUCAGGCGUAUAAUAAUGUUUAUUGAUAGAUGAGAUUGCUGUGUCCAGGUCAGUGUUUGAAGCUGUCCUUUGAUUUAUGGAACAAAUAGUUACAAUCACAUAAGGCCAACAUUUAAAUAUCCCUGAUUUUUAUCGAUCUGUAUCAGUACAGUGGACUCUUUCUAUUUUAUUCACUGCUUUCUGUCCUCAUAUUUGCCAUCAUUUUAAUCAGUAAAAAGCUAAAGCAGUAAGUCAUUGAUACAUUUACCAUAUGAGUCUGUUAUAUUGUGUCAUGCGAAAAAUCUGGAUUUCCUGAGUGAUUUGUCACCUUUUUGUAUCCAAUUUGACCUAAUUUUAGAACAAAUCUGGACUGUUACAAACACUGCAGUGAUAUGAGCACAUUGUGGUGCACUGUUAAAUAAAGAACAUUGUAAAGG